ACUGCCCCUCCCCCUCUGCAGAAUAAACGGUUAGGAAGUGAAAGUGAAAGUCAGUCUCCAUUUUGUGUGGAGGGGAAAAUACACCAUUUCAGGAGUAAAAACACAGGUUUGAUUUAACACAUCGAUGUUGGAGUGAAGUAAACGUGUGUCCUGCUGUAAUCUGGAGAAGGAGACAUGACCUCCAACAUGAGUGUGUCUGGAAAACAGGACUUAAAGAGAGACGAGAGAAUGAUGGAGGGAAAGAGAUCAGACUCACCAGAACCCAGCUGUGUGUCCAUGAAGAGUGACCAGUCAAUGGAUCAUCCAUUUACCUUCAGAGACAGAGCCAAUUCUCCUGAUGUGAGACCACAACAGAAGAAAUCAAACCUCAGCAGAAAUCAGUUGGACUCCAUAUUCAAGGAGCUGGAACACAAAGUCAUCACUCUGAUAAAGAAUGAGCUGAAGAGGUUCAGGAAGCUCCUGAGUCCAGAUUACCCAGCAUGCACUGAGAGGGAGGUGCAGGAUGAGGAGGAUCUGCACAGUGUCAGAGAGGGAGCGCUGAAGAUCACACUGCACGUCCUAAAGAACAUGAACCACACAGAUCUUGCUAACACACUGCACAACAAGUCUGUGGCCCCUGUGUAUGAGACAAAUUUGAAAUCCAGCCUGAGAGAGAAGUUUAAAAGAAUUAAUGAAGGAAUCUCACAGCAUGGAAGCUCAGCACUUCUGAAUGAGAUCUACACAGAGCUCUACAUCACAGAGGGUUGGAGUGGAGACGUCAAUAAUGAACAUGAGGUGAGACAGAUUGAGACAGCGUCCAGGAGACCAGCAGCACAGGAGACACCCAUCAAAUGUAAUGAUCUCUUUAAAGACACGUCCAUCAGAAGAGUGCUGACUAAAGGAGUUGCUGGAAUUGGAAAAACAGUCUCUGUGCAGAAGUUCAUUCUGGACUGGACUGAAGGAAAAGCAAAUCAGGACGUCACCUUCAUGUUUCCACUUCCCUUUAGAGAGCUGAAUCUGAUGAAGCAGGAACAUCUCACUCUGAUGGAUCUUCUUCAUCACUUUUUCCCUGAAAUGAGAAAACUACAAUUAAUAGACUCCUACAAAGUGGUGUUGAUCUUUGAUGGUCUGGAUGAGUGUCGACUUCCUCUAAAUUUCCAGAAGAAUGAGAGAUUGUGUGAUGUGACAGAGUCAGCCUCAGUGGAUGUGCUGCUGACGAACCUCAUCAAGGGGAAUCUGCUUCCCUCUGCUCUCCUCUGGAUAACCUCUCGACCAGGAGCAGCCAAUCAGAUCCCUCCUGAGUGUGUAGACCAGGUAACAGAGGUACGAGGGUUCAGUGAUCCUCAGAAAGAGGAGUACUUCAGGAAGAGGAUCAGUGAUCGGAGCCUGGCCAAUAAAAUCAUCUCACACAUGAAGUCUUCAAGAAGCCUCUACAUUAUGUGUCACAUCCCAGUCUUCUGCUGGAUCUCAGCCACUGUUCUAGAGAGAAUGUUGGGUGAAGCAGAGCGUGGAGAGAUCCCCAAGACUCUGACUCAAAUGUUCACACACUUCCUGAUCUUUCAGAUCAAACACAAGGACCAAAAGUACCAUCAGAAAUGUGACCCUGAUCCUCAGCAGACCAGAGAGAGUAUCCUGGCACUGGGAAAACUGGCUUUCCAACAGCUGGAGAAAGGAAACCUGAUCUUCUAUGAGGAAGACCUGAGAGAGUGUGGCAUUGAUGUGAGAGAAGUGUCAGUGUACUCAGGAGUGUGUACCCAAAUCUUCAGAGAGGAGUUUGGGCUUCACCUGGGGAAGGUGUUCAGCUUUGUACAUCUGAGUGUUCAGGAGUUUCUGGCUGCUUUAUACACAUUUCUCUCCUUCAUCAGCAGAAAUGUAACAGAACAACCAACCACUGAUCUGUCUGAUCUUCUCACCAAGUCAGACAUGUCUGAUCUCCUCAUGAGUGCAGUGGACAAGGCCUUACAGAGUGAGAAUGAACACCUGGACCUGUUCCUCCGCUUCCUUCUGGGUCUCUCACUGGAGUCCAAUCAGACUCUCUUACGAGGCUUAAUGCCCCAGACAGGAAGCAGCUCUCACAGCAAACAGGAAACAGUCGAGUACAUCAAGGAGAAGAUCAGGGAGAAUCCAUCUCCAGAGAAAUCCAUCAAUCUGUUCCACUGUCUGAAUGAACUGAAUGAUCAUUCUCUAGUGCAGGAAGUACAGACUUACCUGAACAGAGAAGAUUACAGACGUCUCAGGGGAACCAGACUCUCUCCUGCUCAGUGGUCAGCUCUGGUGUUUGUGUUACUGAACUCAGAUCAGGAGCUGGAUGAGUUCGAUUUGAGGAAAUAUGACCGAUCAGAGGAAUGUCUUCUGAAGCUGCUGCCAGUGGUCAAAGCCUCCAGAAGAGCUGAGCUGUGUGUGUGUAAACUGACAGAGGAAAGCUGUAGAGUUCUGUCCUCAGUUCUCAGAUCAAACUCCUCCAGACUGAGAGAACUGAACCUGAGUCACAAUAACCUGCAGGAUUCAGGAGUGAAGCUGCUCUCUGCUGGACUGGAGAAUCCACACUGUACACUGGAGAAACUGAGUCUGUGUGAGUGUAAUCUGACAGAGGAAAGCUGUAGAGUUCUGUCCUCAGUUCUCAGAUCAAACUCCUCCAGACUGAGAGAACUGGACCUGAGUCACAAUAACCUGCAGGAUUCAGGAGUGAAGCUGCUCUCUGCUGGACUGGAGAAUCCACACUGUACACUGGAGACACUGAGGCUGUGGGGGUGUAAACUAACAGAGGAAAGCUGUAGAGUUCUGUCCUCAGUUCUCAGAUCAAACUCCUCCAGACUGAGAGAACUGGACCUGAGUGACAAUAACCUGCAGGAUUCAGGAGUGAAGCUGCUCUCUGCUGGGCUGGAGAAUCCACACUGUACACUGGAGAUACUGAGGAUGUGUUACUGCAGGAUUACAGAUGAAGGUUGUGCUGCUCUGGCUUCUGCUCUGAGGUCAAACUCCUCAUCACACCUGAGAGAACUGGAUCUGAAGUAUAAUAAUCCAGGAGAAUCAGCAGUGAAGCUGCUCUCUGAUCUACUGAAGGAUCCACACUGUAACCUGGAGACACUACACAUUAAGGGUAAUAAACUCACCAGGACUGGCGUAUGACAGGAGUCUCACCUCAAACCUCUUCUCCAGGAUAAAGCAGUCUCGGUGAAGAGUUAGAACCCGUCCCACAUUUCCAGCAGUUUGGGAGCUGAAUCAUUAAACUUAAAGGGGCAGAGCAGAAACAAAGUCAAGAACAUACAUAAGAUCGUACACAGGAGAAAUCAACACACGUAACCAAAUAUCUGCUGUACAAAGCAACGGCACCGAUCUGCCCCGGGGAUGGAGACUGACGAGGCUUAAGUACACGUCCGGAAAUGUACAGACAACUCAUCCCAAAGCACGAGGCGGGAGCAGGCGUGUACGAGAUGUGAUCGUCCAAUGGCAAGCAGGAACAUGACACAUUGCAGUGGACUGGGCUUAAAAGAGGAGGAGACAAGACACCCAUCCCUCCCCCGACAUAGACACACGAAUGGAACAUAGUACAAACAGAAAUACAACUGAGGACGUAUCAAUGGUCAAGUAUCAAAUAAAAUGUAAACUUGCAUUGAUGAAGGUAAUGUUGUUAGUAAUUGUUUAUAAAUUACCAUGGUAACACGGAGCUCCAAGGUAUAAAAAUAUGGAGUUUGUCAUCAAUCAAACAGUAACCAGUUUUAAUACCUAAAAAAGUUUACGUAGCAAAAUUUAGCAAAGCGCUUUACAGUAAAUUAAAAUGUAAAAUUAAACUAAUGAAAUGUUGUGCAGCACAUGCUUAUGUUAAUGUUUGUUGCUUUAUAUAAUCAUAUAAAUAAAUAAAUACUCCCAAAGUCACCAGAAUUGAAAGCUUUGGUGCUGUUAAACAUUUAGAGAUUGAGGUUGUGGUGAGUCAAUAGUUCACUCAGUAUAUCUGAGUAAGACACAGUGAACGACUCACUGCUGGCAUUCAUGAAGAAGUCAUAAACUCCACUGGAAUAAUAAAUAGGAUCUAAUAAAACCAUGAGUGGAAAUUAUUGGUGUAAGUUUGUUGGGAUAGACUUCCUCCAACCUGGAACUAUAUCCUCCAGUCCACGCGGUGGCGGUAACGCGCCUAACAGCUGCGUCUCUGACCAGUAGAAAUUUACAGAAGAAGAAAAAGCUGCAGCGGGUAUCUCCUGAGCAGUUGAGUUAUUACACCGAACUAAUCAUCUCCAGAUUAAAUUAUUUCUGACAGUUUUACAGUUAGAUUUGAUCCAGUUUAAAAGUAAAAGCUGGUUAUUUUGUCUGUGUUUGAGGAAUUAAAAGUCCGUUCUGUUUUUAAACCCGAGAAUCCCUUCUAUUGUGCGCUAGAAGAUCGCUGGACUUGAAGCACCUCCAAAUGUUGGCCUGUUAUGUGUCGUUAUCUCUAGCAUCCCUGCUGGUGCCUCUACAAAUUACACCUGCAACAUGAGGGGUCGUCAUGUGAACAUCAUCAUUCCCAAUGUUAUCCAGGCUCUCACGCUCUGUGAAGUGGAAGUCUAUGGGGUUCCAGUGCCUGUUACUAAGAGGGCAUUUCUGAGAUUGAAGUUUAACAGCAGUGAGGAUCUUAUGAACCCUACUGUGAGGGACAUUAAAUUCUUCAAAAGAUGAUAUCUGCCAAUGUCCAGCCUUCAGUGCGUCAGAUCCGUUGGACUAAGGAACCAGAGGUGGAAAAUGAAACUUAAAAAACGGUGGCAGAAAUAUAGCUGAAACAAGAAGAAGAAGAAGAAGAAGCGGAAGAAGAAGAAGUGUUCAAAGAACAAAAAGAAAAAAAACAUCAAAUGUGUGAGGUUUAGGUGUAGCACUUGAAAAUACUAGCUAACUGAUGUUAUAGGUUUAUUAAUUAGAAGUACUAGAAGUUUUUUAGUUUGUUUGUUUGGGAAGUGUAUCUAUGAAAAAUUAUUACCACAGGGUUUGUACAAGGUGCUUGAAUUUGGCAUUUGGAUAUUUAAGUACUGGAAAACCUUGAAAAUAGCCGUUUUUUUAUGUAACAGUGGUUACAAAGUGCUUGAAUGAUAAAAAGUCAAUAAAUAAAAAAUAACAAUUUUCAAAAGAACACGAAUACAAUCCUUUCACUCAAAAUAUGACUCCCCGCUGCAGCCCCUCCUCCUCCUGCUGUUCACUCAUUCAUUUUAACAGGGACAGCUUCGGUCCACUUCUCAGACCCCUUUAGCAACUUCUUCUUUUUUUUUUUUUUUUUUUUUUUUUUUUUUUUUAAAAGCAUCUAGCGAUAUAUCUAGUGACUUUUCAGACAAACCUUAGCUACUUUCCGUAGAAGAGAAAUGGACAGUACUGCCCGGCGAGUGCGAGGUCCUGCUUUCAGAAACAGAAAAAAUAUGUAAAUGAGAACAGCUUUAUUGGGAAUUCGGCUGUAUUAAAAUUCAGCAUGUGAGCACAGAGAGUAGGAUGUAUUAUAAAUGGCUGACACUAGGCAGAGUGAAAAUACGAUGCAAUGGUGAAAUUAUGGUGAAAAUGAAGCAAUGACUGGGAAAUACAAAUUUAGUCCAUCAUGGCUGGGAAAAGGAGCUAUAUAAAAAUGGUUGUUUAAAAAAAAUUAUUAUUAUUAAUAUUUUUUUGGAAAUGAAGGAUAUGUUUGAAUGACAUCUCUUGUAUAGUCCUUGAAAACAAAACAAAACAAACAAACAAAAAAAAAAAAACAGUGCUUGAAAAGUCCUUGAAAAUCCUGGAAUUUCAUUAUGAAGCAUCUGUACAGACCCUGUUAUAUGUACUAUGUGAUUUAUGUAUUAAACAUGCCUCUUGAUUUCUGGGUUUAGCAUAGUUAUACCUCGGUUUGAGUUUAAAACAACAGCUAGAUUUACUGGUAGAAUAUUGCUAGUUAAGUUUCUCUCACAAAUAUUAUUGAGUAGAUAAAGUAUAUUCAGUAGCUUUUCUGGGAUAGUGAGAAUUGAGGUUAAUAUAGUAGAAAACAAAACACUCAGAUUAUCCUGGUUGUAAGAACUACUCAUUCAUCUGUACACCUUUACAGUUUUCACUGCAGAUAUAUCAUCAGCUUUAUUGAACAAUACUCAGAAUCCUUGUCACCUCCCAGCCAAUCAGUCAUGAUGAAUUUUUGUAUGGUUGGAAGCAUGUUUAAAACACAGAAAGUGCCGAGAUCAUAUAAGAAUGAGGUUUUACUCACUGGCAUAAAUGUGUUCACUUUAAACUUUGCUCCUUCCCUUAAACACUUACCUGCUUGAGAAUUUCCAAUGUUUGUAGAAUGAUGAUUCUCAGUACAGCACAUUACCAAAUAUUAAUGGGCUUUAAAUUUAUUUAUUUAUUUGUGACAAUUAUGGGGUUUUCUAAUUUGUUUAAUAUGUGAACUCUUAAAUCAACAUUUCCCAUUGUUAGUAUCAGAAUCUUAUUUAACAUGCAACAUAUUCAAUAAUCUGUAACUAAGACUCAAUAAAGCUAUUCUCAUUA